UCCAGUCGCCAGGAUGGAUGCAGGGUAUCGUCCUGAAUGCUUAUCAUCAGCCAGACCUUUCUCCCUGAUCCCUGUCGAUAAAUGUGACCAUAUUGACAGAAUAAAAAUGUCAACACAAGACUCUAUUUUAUUUUCAAAUCAAAUCCCUUCAAUGCCUGUGAAUCUGUGACAGCCUGUCUGAGAGGGGAUCCAUUCGAUGAGGAUAAAUGGAACCCCUCCUCUCUCUCCCCCUCUUUUGGUGGCUCCUUUGGGGAUACCCUCAUUCCUCUCUCGUCCAGGUGCUUCUACUCUCCAGAGACCGUCUCUCUCAAAAGCCGAGAGAAAAUAAACCAGAAGCCCAAGAUGAACCCACAAUGGGCCAUGAUGGAUUACUAGCUUCGAAAUUCCCCGUCGAUUGCAGAUCCAAAUUGCAUGCAAUCAUUGAUAUUAAUUCUUCCCCUUUUUUUUUUCUCUUUCUCUUCAUCUUGCCAUUGCUCCUCUCCAACUGGAAAAGGCAAUCAGCCAAGGUCACCAAAAGGUCAGUGAGUAGUGAUGGAUCCAUCACAACCGAACAGUGUGUGAAAUCAUGGAUCGAGUGGUAUGAAUCUUUUUUUUUCGCCCUUCUUUCUUUUCUGUCCGUCCAAUUAGUUAAUUCCCUUUUUCGUCUGAUCCCGCUGCCUUGUGGAUUCCCCUGUUGUCCAUCAAUUCCAUAUUCUGUCGUUUUUCUUUUUCCUUUUUCUUUCUUUUCUUUUUUCUUUUUUUUCUUCUCUUCCUGUUAUUAUUUAUUUUUUAGGCGUAAACCGUUGAUCAUAGAUGAUGCAACCUGCGCGUCCUUUAUAAAAUUUUUAUUUUUAUUUUUAAUCGCCUUUUCUUUUUCUUCUUUUUUCUUUUCCUGCCCAUCAUAUUUUUCUUUUUUUCGGUUGUGGUGCCAGUGACAGUCACUAAUCAAUCAGCCCGAUAGUAGAAGAAAAAAACGAGAUCCGCAACUUUCAGGAUUCAUUAAUUCCCAUUUGGCUUCCUCGCGGUUGAU